CAAGCUCCGCAACCACCACUGGUCAGGCUCCCUACACCAGUAGCGGCACUUAUCCCACCUCCCCUUGUACGGCCUAGGCAGCUGUCCUGCUUGCUUAGGCCCAGUCCAGAUAGGACGAGAGCAGGCCUUUUGUGCCAGGCCUCACAUAAUAACACGCUCAAAGGGAGUUCUCUCCAGUCCGGUUGUUGAGUAGGUCCUUGUACACCACUUGCCUCGCCUCCAUGAUUUCCACAUACCUCCCCAAACCCAAUUUCAUCCCUUCCACCUCCCCAUUCUUCACGAAGCUUCACUGGGACCAAUUUGCCAUUCGUCAGGAAGGGCCUCGAAGUAUUGGCCCACUGCUAUGGACAUCUGGAACACCUCCCUCAGUGUCCCCAGAGCAUACUGGUCAGCUUGCUAGACUCUCAUUUCAUGGGAGGAGCUUUCAACCAGUUUUGAUAUCCCCUGGAGCACCUCUGAAGCGUCCAGCUGGACCAAGAGCUAUGCCUAAAAGACCCACCCAGGCCCAGGAUCUAUCCACAACGUCACAGGAACCUGGGACUGUACAGUGGUGCAUUCCUGCCCUGCAGACAGUUCAUAAGAACAUCCCUAUAUGUCUCCAGGUGUCCAGAAUCAGGCUUUCAGACCCUCCUCCUCGUCGAAAACCUCCCUGGAUAGCUUCUUUCCAUCAGGGCUAUGUCUUUGCACAUUCCCAGGUGUCCAGGAUCGCACUUUUGGACCCUCCUCCUCGUCAGAAACCCCCCUGGAUAACACCUUCUCACCAGAGCAGCUUUGAUGAUGCCCCAGAGCUGGAGGAUUAGGAGCAGAAGAAGCUCCUUUCUUCCCUAAGAUGUAGUCCAUUCAGUGAUUGCAGGUACAUCGAAGAGAGGAGGUAUUAUAACUCCUUCGUUUCUAUUCGCUUUUCGGACGUGUUUGGACCACUGAAAAGCUCCUUGUCAUACCUUCCAAACGCCCCAGCAACUGUGCCAACAUGUGGUCUCGUU